AUGUCAGAUUCGGCCAACGCUGUAAUUGCAAUUCUCGAUGAAUGUCUUAACGAGGGACGUUUCAAUUUUGAUACAAUUUCGGAACGUGUUGAGGAUAUUGUUAACCUUGGGCUCGUGGUCAGAGACUAUAACUAUGAUGAGCCAAUCGAUGAGUUGCAAGAUUUGAAAGGGAGGAUUGAGGAGUUGUUGAGCAGUCUAGAGAAUCCAGGAGAUGACAGUUUGGAAAAUCUAAGGGCAGCUACUGAACAGAACGCUCCAUUGGAAUUGGUUUAUAAACUCGAAACAAUGCUGGAACAAAAACAUGCAAAUCCGAUUAUCGCCGAGACAGAUCAGGACACUUUGUACAUGUUGGAUGCGGUUUUUGGAGAAUUGCUCUUCGUGGAAGCUUACAUUAAUGGAUUGCUGGAUGAUGGGGAUAUGUAUAGGCCGGAGAAGAUUCAGGAGAUUGUCAACGAGUUUCAUGAGGAUGUUUUUUUUGUUGUUUCAAUGCUCCUAUUCACCUGA